AUGGACAAGAUUACAGUGGGAGUUCUGGCGCUACAAGGCGCCUUUUACGAGCACAUCCAACUGCUCAAGAAAGCGGCAGAUCUUCUAUCGUCGUCCGAGGAAUUGCAAUUCAUCGAGGUGCGCACGAAGCCACAGCUAGAUAGCUGCGAUGCGCUCGUCUUGCCUGGCGGUGAGAGCACAGCCAUCUCGCUGAUCGCAGCGCGAUCGAAUCUGUUGGAACCAUUACGAGAAUUCGUCAAGGUACAACGACGACCGACAUGGGGCACCUGCGCCGGCCUCAUUCUCCUCGCCGAAUCCGCAAACCGCACAAAAAAGGGCGGACAAGAGCUUGUUGGAGGGAUUGAUGUCAGAGUGAAUCGUAAUCACUUUGGCCGGCAGACGGAAAGUUUCCAGACGCCGUUGGAUUUACCGUUCCUGGCCUCGGUUGACGACUCGUCCUCGUCACCAUUCAACGGAGUGUUCAUCAGGGCUCCCGUGGUCGAGAAAAUAUUGCCGGCGCACGAGGGUAUACAAGUGGAAGAAAGCCAGCGCGAAGAAACAGUGGUGGCCCCGUCGCGCGCAGCAGUCGCUACUGCUGUUGCUGCUGCUAGUCAAGGCCGCGUGGAAGUGCUGGCAGAAUUGCCAGGCAGGUCUGCGCGUUUGGUCGCCAGCACUGGUGUGAAUAUAGACGCUGAUGAAGAGGCCGGAGACAUUGUUGCUGUCAAGCAGGGCAAUGUUUUUGGCACCAGCUUCCACCCCGAGUUGACCGAUGAUCCUAGAAUUCACAUGUGGUGGUUGCGCCAAGUACAAGACGCCGUGAAACAAAGACGAACACAAAAAGCUCAAUAA